UUACUAAUAAAAUUCUAAACGGUCACAUGCCAAAGCUAGCUCCUCGUUUUUUAAAAAAAACUAUCCAAAAUGAGUAAAUACAAUUCAAAGUACCUCGAAGAGAAGCUCAAGCGGGAACUGCAGGCGGAAUACGUGAGCGUGACGGAUGAAUCUGACGGUUGUGGCGGCAAAUUCAGCGCUGUAAUCGUGACAUCAGCCUUUAACGGCAAAACCCUAUUGCAAAAACAUAGAUUAGUGAACUCGACACUGGCCGAAGAACUAAAAGAAAUCCAUGCAUUCUCCCAGAAGUCGUACACACCCGAAGAGUGGGAGAAAGUGAAAGCCCAAUAGUAGCAAAACCAACAUA